AUGAAUGGACAGCCGCCACUGCAACGUCAACCACAAAAUGAAUUGGUAGCAUGGUAUAAAGAAAUACCAAUAUGUACAAGAUUUUUAUUUACAAGUUUUAUCUUGAUAACAGUAUUGGGUAAUAUAGGUAAAAUUACCCCAUAUUUAUUCUUUUUCCCUGAAUUGGCUUUUGGUCAUUUCCAGAUAAUAGGAGGAAUUAUUAAGGGGUUGGUAUUAUUUAAUCAAAGUUUAGUAAUGGCGAUUACAUAUAUAUGGGCUCAAUUAUUCAAGGACGUCAUGGUAACCUUUAUGUUUGGUCUAAGAUUCAAGGGAGUAUAUUUACCGUAUGUGUUAUUGGCAUUUGAAGCAUUACAAAUGGGUGGGGCAUUGCCAUGGGCAUCAAUAAUAGGAAUUAUCACAGGUCAUUUAUAUUAUUAUCUAAAAGAACUAUAUCCCGCGAGUGGUGGUACGAGAUUUCUUAACACCCCACAAUGGUUAUAUAAUUGGUUUCCUGUGAAUACAUCCAGUGGUGGAUUACGAACCUCAUUUGGUGCUAUAUUAAAUCCUGGCGAGAGAGUUCAACAACAAAGUUCAACUGACAGAACAAGACAUAGUUGGGGUAGAGGUCAGAGAUUAGGAUCGUAA